CAUCAGAAUCAACAUGGAGAAGUAGGAAGUGCGGCUGUUGUGUGGCAUUUCACAGUGUACACAAAUGAUGUCCAAAAUAAAAUGAUUUAUCUGAGAGAUGCCUAUUGAGACACAGUCGUACACAGCUAUGUUGAAAUAAAGAGAUCCCUUCCUCGCAUAUUGACCGGGGAGAAUGAUUUGCAGAUGACCAGCAGAAUCACGAACGGUUACAUCGUUAAAUGGGGAUGGGCCGGAGGUGGAAAACCCUGUGGUGUGACAGAACUAUUUUUAAAAUUCAAUUUUGUUUUUUGUAUGUAGCUAUGUUAUUGUCUGACAUUUCUGUAAAUCCAUAAAUACAGGUUGGCUGUCAUAUUCAGUAGCUAAAAUUACCCAUAUUACACGUAACAGUACCUUGUUAGCUAGCUAGUUUAAAUAUAACCAUUGUUAAGGUUGGUAACCUACGUGGUUUACAUUCCUGCAUUUCUUAUGGUUUGAUUUUGGAUGGAGACAAUGGCGUACGCGAGUAAGACAUACGUGUCAUGCAUGUAACGUCAUGCUCCCUAAUAUAUAAGUGAUUUGUUUCCUAUAGAUAGAAAAUUGAUUGGCAGAUUUAGGAAGUGAGGUAAACAUGUUACUUGCAGAACAGUCUCAAAAAUGGUUCCCCACGCAUGUGCAAGCCACAGUUCUCCAGGCCAAAGACUUACAACCAAAAGGUAAAAAUGGCACCAAUGAUGCCUACACCAUCAUCCAGCUGGGAAAAGAGAAGUACUCCACUUCGGUGGCUGAGAAAACACUCAACCCCGCCUGGAGAGAGGAGGCCUCUUUCGAGCUCCCCGGUCUGCUUCUGGAGGGGAACCCAGAGGUGUACGAGCUGUGUCUGACAGUGAUGCACAGGUCCCUGGUGGGCAUGGAUAAGUUCCUGGGCCAGAGAACCAUCAACCUCAACGAAAUCUUUGACAACAAGGAGCGAAAGAAAACUGACUGGUACGCUCUGGAGUCCCGGCCAGGGAAGAAGAAGAAGGUGCGUGGGGAGAUUCAGGUGGGCGUCCAGUUCGUGAGGAACAACAUGACGGCCAGCAUGUUCGACCUGUCGGCGCGGGACAAGCCUCGCUCGCCCUUCUCCCGGCUCAAGGACAAGGUGAAGGGGCGCAAGCACGACGGCCCGUUCUCCGACGCGUCCUCCGCCAUCCUGCCCCGCUCGGCGGUCUGCGAGGCCGACGGCCCGCCCGCGGCCCCGCCCGAGGGCCGCCCGCUCAAGCCCAAGGCCGGGCGGCCCCUGCUCGCCCCCCAGAAGCUCUCCGCUGCCCACUCCAUGUCCGACCUCGUCGGCCCCCACGCCCGGCCCAAGCUGGACUCCAUGAACUCCAUCGAGGAGAGCGGUAACGCCCCGUCCCCUCACCGAAGGUCCCAGAGCGAGGUCCCGGGGUGCGAGGACCGCGGCGAGGCCCCAGGCGACCCGUUCGCCGACGUCUGCGACGCCCUGCCGCAGAAGUACGCCACCAUGCCGCGGAACCGCAAUCCCUUCCACGCCGAGCCGCCCCCGGCCUGGGAGCGCCCCGAGAAGAAGGAGAAGAAGGAGAAGGUCAGCCUGCUGGAGCGCGUGACCGGGAAGAAGGACGGGAAGAAGAUCAGCAACGGGAGCCGCUCCGGAAGCUCGGGGGACCUGCGCUCUCCAAACCCGUUCAGUAGCGAGGGAGCGACCAACACCAACCCCUUCAACCCAGACUACAAACUCAGCGGUAAUUUGCGAAAGCCCGCAAGCAAGGAGGAUGUCAGCGGGGUGCGACACACGUCCCCGCACCGGGAGGAGGGCCAGAGCCGCACAAACGAAGCGCAGCAGGUGGGCGUGGCCGACGUGGCCUCCUACAGCAACCUGUCCUUCAAGGAGGUGGUGCAGGAGCUCAUCAAGCAGAAGGAAGUGGUGAAGAAGAAGGACGCCCAUAUAAGGGAGCUGGAGGACUACAUCGACGACCUUCUGGUCCGGGUGAUGGAGGAGACGCCCAGCAUCCUGAGGAAGCCCUACGAGCCCAAGAAGAAGGCUGGAAAGUUCUCCAAGAAGUAGCGGGCCCGGGCCGGGAGCCCCGCUCUCAAAUGGGUCACGGUGGACCCUUCCCUCUGACCCCUUUGGCUGCAUUGUGGGUAACCGACUAAAAGGCGGGAAAUGAGAUCACUGAACGAGUCGCUGAAUUUGGUGAAAGGCACAACUGCCGACUGUAGGCCUGUGGAGUUGAAACGGUACAGCGACGAGUCUCAGUCAGCCCAGCUCAGAUCCCAUUAGAGGAUGGAGGUGGGGUAGUAUACCGACGCCAUUUUUUCCUAUCCCCAGCGCAGAAGCCACUGGAACCCCGUCGUGUUCUGAACACGUUAGCGGAUUAGCAGAUGAAAAGCACAGCUAAUUGCAGUACCCCGCUACAAAUCGCUACGAUUCAGCCGUGCUCCACCUGUGAGUCUUCUAGAUUUUUAAAAAAACCAUUGUGUUAAUCAUUUGCCAUCAAUAAGUGGGUGAAAAACAAUCCAGUCUUUAAAAUCCAGUCAUUCCUCAGAACUGUAGGGAUGUGUGUUGGGGACGCCCAUAUUGCCAAGUUUUUCGCCCCCGGUCUCCACCUGCUUUCGGCUGUUACUCCACCCAUUUCCUGCUGUUACUCCACCCAUUCUGCCUGUUACUCCACCCCUUUCUGGCUGUUACCCCACCCGAUUCUGGCUGUCACCCCACCUUUUUAAUUGUUGCGUGCGAUUAAGUGCACAAAAGGAAAUGAGUCGAAGAAUAAUUUGACUUCAGGCGCAGGUUUUCCCCUUUCUUCCCCCACACUUGGAAAUUUCCAUACUAAAAUGAGGCCUUUGAAAUGCCACUGCCACACACAUGUGCUAAUGUGAUAAAGGCUGUUUAAACAUCAACAUAAGCCCCGGCAGCUGGUGGAGGGAUUGUGUGUGUGUGUGUGUGUGUGUGUGUGUGCGCGCACGGGUGUGUGUGUGUGUGUGUGUGUGUGUGUGCUGCCGCCACAUCACAGUCACACUAGGAAUAUUAGGUCCUGUUUCGCUGAUAUGUUUGCUGGGUAUUCAAGUGCUGGUUUUUGUUAAACGCCAUUGUAAAUUUCCGCAGUCAGGCUUUGUUACACAGUUGGGUGAGUGUAGCCUCUACUUGUGUAUGCCUGGCCGCUAUUGCACAAACCCUUUACGACUCUUCCCAUCCAAUCACAUUCCCCUGUGCCUCUAGGCUCCACCCACCAGGAGAGUACACUUGCGGUGACACCUGGGCCGUGUCCGAAACAGCCUCCUAACUACUGUGUCCUCAAAAUAUGUGCUGUCUACUAAACAUACCGCCUAUUGUUUAGUGCAUAUUUUUUAGGAUGCGAUGGGCAAUGUGCGAAAAAUAUCCUCCGUACCGUAUUCCAACAGUACAGCAGAAGUAUCGUUAGACAUCCCGCCAUUGUAGUAAAUAGGCCCCGCCUCUUCCUCUCUGAUUGAUGGGACCUGAAGAUGGUUCAGGCCUCUUUAUCUCUAUGGGACAUCCUCCUAAAAAAUAUGGUUUAUUUCCUGAAAAGUUUUCUCCAAAAUAAACUCAGCAAAAUCCCGGAAAUUAAUAUAUCAUCAGGGGAUUUUAAGUACACUACAUUUGGAGAAAAUUUUGCCUACUUUUUCAUCCAGUGUACUUAACUUUUAUACUCAAUAGUAGGCAAGUGAACUGUUCUGGACAGGGCCCAGGAGAGAUAUUGCAGUGGUCUGGGCAUCUUGGAGACUGCUUGGCGAAGCUGUGGUAAAUCCCGCUAUAACGAUGAGUGCUGUAAAACAGCACAGUGGUACAAUUCAAAUGUUUACUUCUUAAAUACAGCUUUUAAAAUAAUGUUUACUUCUGAAACAUAUACAUAUGUGUUUGGUUUGAAAGUGUUACAUGACAUCUUGGGAGAGUUAGUAACAAUUUCUUUUUAUUUUUAUUUAAAUUUUACACACUUGUUUGGUUUGGUUGGUUCACACUAAGGGACCGUGGCAAACUGUCAGUGACACCUCGCUGUGUACUCAAGUAAACCUUCCUUAUCCUGCACACAGGUACACUAUAGUAUGCAGGCACAGGAGAUCUGCUCUGGUUUACUGUUGACGAAUGCCAUUGGGUCUGUAUGGGCUUGGGGGUGAAAAGUCAUCAGUGGUCAUGAGUAUGCUUUCACCUGGCUUUUAAGGAAUUCUGGGUCCAGUCUGGUCUAACCUUUUAGUUUUCCUUGAGUAAUUUUGAGGCAGGGCAUAUUUUAAAAAUACCAACCCUUUCAGAAUGCCUGUAUACAUUUUAAUGUAAAAUUGAGGAAACUGACAAACAGUAGUCAAACAUUUGUGUACUAGAAUGACAUGGUACAAAAUGCAAUAGAGAUUGCUAAAUAUUGGUAUUUUUAUUUCAAUUUGUUUUAUUUGUUUUUUUUAUUAUUUUUAUUUCAGAAAUUCAGUUUUCUGAUAUGAUUCCAAUUCUUGACUUUAAGAUAUGGUAAACUUUACUGGUUAAACAGAUUUUAGAUUGAGUUUGUAAUUUUACAAGUCAUCUUUUGUAUAUUUUUGGGGUCUUGCUUAUAGAUAAAUCAAAGAGACAAGAGGGUACAUAAGCAUCUGACAUUUUCUGAAAUGGAUGUUAAUAUAAUAAUUGCAGAAAAAAACUGAAAGAAAAAAAUAGGUACUUACUUUCAAACUUACAGGCUGACGGAUAUGUUUACUCUAAUAAUUUUAUUUUGUAGAUAUGACUACCUUUCGAUGGAAGAAAUGUUACUGUUGAACAGCAGUGUUCUUAAUGGUUACGCAAAGAAUUCAUUCUGUUGGUUUUAACCGCCAUUUAUGUUGUUACUGUAUAUAGCAUUACCAGUCACAAUAGAAAUCAGUUUAUAAAUCGGUCUGCAUUGAGCAGUGGUAGUAUGUGCUGCCCAUAAGUGUUGAGCCAGCAGGAUCAAAUAGCAGGCCGUGUGUUAAAUACUGUAAGAAUGGAUGAGCUGUCCUCCCAUCGUGAUUAGCUUUUAGAUUUAGCAUGCUGGAUUCAUUCACACCCAUUCUGUGCCACAUGUCACUAAAAUGGCAGUAUGAAAAAACACAAACAUUUUACAGACUACAGACAGCCUCCUGAUAUGAUUACAGACGGUCUGUGGAUAUAUUGCAGACAGUAUGCGUGUCUGCUUUGAUUGCAGACAUUUUCAGUAUCUGCGCAAAAUGUUUGAGUUGUUGGAGAGGUGUACAUUUAUUUUUACUUUUCCAUCUAUAAAUGCAGUUUGGCUUAUAUCCUUAUUUUGUAUAAUGCCCCCUAUUGUCAGGUUGUCACAUGGUGCUUCACAAUGCAUUUUCCAGAAACCCGUCCCACCCCCUCACCCCUGAAAGUGAAUGGAGAAUGGUCACCUGACCUUGAACCUGUACACACACUUUCUAACCCCUGCUAUUAGCUAUCUUUGUUACAUUUACACUGCAUUAUUUAGGAUGAUAUUAUUUUGUGAUUUUUUUGUGUGAUUUUUUGGAAACAGUCAUUAGCUGUUACAGGGUUGUCGUCUUAUUUCAGGGUAAAAAUAUCACCUUUAAUUUCAGCUCUUAUUUUGAGUCUAGAGCAUGAGCAGGAACAGAAGGGGGUAAAAAUAUAUGAAAAGUAGGUUUCUUGCACACAUAGGUGAAGAAUAAGAAUGUAGGUUGUGAUGAUAACCUACGUGUUUUGGAAAGAUGCUUUCAUCCGGCUCACACAUAGAAGUAAGCUACUUCUUUUAUCCAAACAAUAAAAUUAGGGAAACGUUUUAAACAGCCAAUUGUUAAAGAUGUUACAGACCAUGAUCCAACAGGAUACCUUCUUAGAAAAUAUACUUUGAAGGUUAUGAAUCCAGAAAGUCUCCUUUCAUUUUACAAAUUGUCCAUGUCACCCCUGACGAAGGCAUCUUGCCGAAAUGCUUUUGGUUUCAUAUCCAAAAUCUUCAUUGUUAUUCUUCACCCAGCUGUGUGAGAAAUCAUCUCUUUCUGUACUUUUAUCCACCUUUCCUAGCACCUUUCCUUAGCACAGUGUAAAUUCUCCCAGUACUCCACGACUGGAGUUAUGGAGUACUGGGUCAUGUGACUGCUUUCACAUCGCAGGUACAGAUAGGAUUAGGAACGUUUUCGAGCAGGACCCCACGUUUCCCCAUCUCCGAAGCCUUUAGGAAGCGCGGUUGUUUCCACGCUAAGAGGAUCAUUUCCAGUAAGAACCUGGAAUAUCCAAUUACCACCAUCAUCAGAUUUAUUUCUGUUGAAACCGAUGCAAAAGCUGUGUUUUCUCUGGCCCGGCGCUGACCCAGGAUGUGAAAUUAUACUGCUUGACUGAGUGAAAUUGCCAAAUUGCCAGUAUGAAAGUCUGUACAGUACUAGGCAAUUUACCGUUCACAUUCUUAGUUCUGAGUAUGAGAGCUUUUGAACAAUUAAGUCUGGUGUGUUUGGCAGGUCUAGCCGUUUAAACUUCUCGGUUUAUUAUUUAAAGAAUUUCCCCAAUGCAUAUCAGAUUUGCCGAGGUCGUAGGUCUUCCGCGAGAGAAGAAAGGUUUUAAUAUUCAUGUGAAUGUUCAGUUUUUACUGCAAAAAUGUUUUCUCCUUCAUAUGCAGUUGACUAUGCACAUCGGUACAUUGUUGUUGUUGUUAUUUUUGUUGUGCUGUGUACGUCCUGUCCUGACUGUUUAGAAGAACAGGCGAAGGCAACAGAUGCCGAUGUUGACAUUUGUGACAAUCAAGAUGCUUAAUUUAUCGGUUAUUAGCACAAAAUAAUCGCAGAGUCUUCUGUCUCUGGUUAAAUGAGUAUUUAUUCUUUUUUUUUUUUUUCUAGUCAAAUCUAUUCCAAAUUUUAAAAAAAAACAUGAAAGUCAAAGGCAGCCAUGUCUGAAAAAGCGUUUUCUCACAUUGUUUGUGUCGUGCAGAGGUAUAAUUGCACGGUCAAUAUAGAAAACAAGAGGGAAAAAAACUGCGGAUUUCCAGCUGUACUGCAAAAGGGCAGUUCUUCGUUAGCCGUGGAAAAAAACAACAAAAAAAAAAACGUGCUUGAUUGUCACAGAUGGUCCGCACUAAAUAUGCUGCACUCUACGUGUGUUUAUACUGUUAGAAAUCCAAUUAUAUGUCAGCUUGCUUUGUUUGUACAAAUGCAAUAAUAACCCUAAUUAUGUCCUUCUACUCUGCCAAUUGAUCUUGAGUAAUGCCAAACUGAUCCAUGAAUAAAUCCCCGUAAAAAAAAGAAUGCAGGUCAGAGAAGGAGUGUUUGAGUAAAAGGGCUUAACUCCUACACUGCACAUUUUGAAUGAUGAGUAUUGCAUAAUUAUAUAUAUAUAUAUAUACAUAUACACAUAUGUGUAUGUGCAUUUUUUUCCCUGUUUUUAUUUUUGUUUUGUUUUAAAGGUAUUGACCAUGAAAUAUUGUCUCUUUGGAGUCUUGCCACUCUUGAGUUUCUUUUCGAAGCCGGCUUAAACUGUGGCUCCGUUCUUUAUUUUCAAACUUGAAAAGCGCACCACUGUGUUCUUGACGAUGCGUGCCCACUCUAAUGAGGAGUAAUGGUAAAUAAUGAAGAUGGCUUUUGGAUCUGUUUCAGAGAGGGAAAAAAAAAAAGAUGAGUACACUGUAUUUUGCGUGCAUGAUUGUAUCUGCUCAUAUGCGUGAAUGUGUGCAUGUGCUGUUCAGUGUAUGUGCAUGCCUUUUUUUUUUGCACACGUGCACAUCCAUGUGUCUUCCUGCGUACCUAUGUGCUUCAUUGUGUGUGCAUGCGUGCAUUUGUGCGUGUGUGCGUGUGUACGUGCGGUUCGGUAGGCACAUUUUGUGAAUAGUUUGAAGCAGAUGGAAACCUUUGUAAACAAAAACACAGCUCCCUAACGGUAACCCUACGAAUAGUGACGUAGUUUACACUAACAACUCAUCUUUUUUUUUUCUUUUUUUUUUGUAAAUACAUUAUUUAAUUUCACGAGUAUAUCUGGAAACAUAUGAUAUGCAUAAAAGGAUGUGGACAAAUGUAUUAUACUGUAUGUGCAGUUAUAAAAAAUUUUAAAAAGACAGAAUAGAAAGAAAGUUUUCUUAUUUCAGAUUAAAAAGUGCCAAAUGAAAUAAUUUAAUAUUUCUUGAUUGUAACUCUCCUCUACUAUGGCUGUGUGCUGCUUUUUAAAAACAGUAUAAAUGCGUAAAAACUAACAGAAUGUGGUUUGUCAAAGCAGCAGUCUGCUAUGCAGCAUGUAACGCCUAAAACAUAUGAUCUACUGAAUCAUUAUGUUUAUCGGGAAAUACAGUGAAAGCUACUUUGUCAAAGGUGGUUUAGAUGUAAUGCCUAUGAUGUAGGCCUAUUACUGUGGGCCGGGAAAUAUUAUACCACAAUAUUCACAUUUUUGAGGAAAGUUUAUGUGGAGAAACCAAAAAGAAUAUGAUACUAAAUACCUGCAAACAAUAAUAAAAAAAAAUAAAAAAAAUACCGGAGAUAUGUCCCUGAUGCUUUGAGGUUAACGGCCAAGCAGCUGUUUGUUUACCGGAGGUCUUUAGCAGCCUGACGCUUGUUGCUAAGGACACUCCAGACGAGCUGUAAAGAAGAUGGUGCAAAUUCGACUGUGCCUCAGUGAAGUAGGGCUAUCUCUGAGGUAACUGUGGUGAUUAUACCCUUGAGGUCGUAGCACGGCGGGAAGGGUUUGUGCCCAACACUGAACCGCCACCUGUUGCUCCUUAUGGUCCCGUAUCCAGAAAUGUCUCAUAAUUUGUCUCACUGUAUCUCCACACAACCUUCCAUUAGUUCAACAACCACGAAUACCAUUUUUUGCUGCUGUAUAUAAACACUAUCAGCAACAGGUGAUUAAAUGUACCAUGCAUUGCCAUUAAGUUUGUUGAAAUCUAGAAAGUAGGUUCCAAAUAGAUUUAAUUCCCUAAUUAGAUUUUUCAGGAUUUGGUGUUAUGAAUAUGAAUUGCCUUUUUGUUUGGUUUUAAUUUUUUUCAUGGGAAAGUUUUUUUCUUUCUGUAUUAUCAAAAGGUUUUGUGCAUUACACCUUUAUAAACAAUGUAAUUUAAAAUGAAACACUAGGUCAGUUGUGCUGUAUCUUCACUUGAAUGACCACACCCACUCGCCAACCACACAAGGAAACAGAAACAUUUGGUACACAGAUGCUAAGUCUGUUUAAGGUAGAGAGAAACAAAAUUGUUAUGAAGGAGUGUUAUGAAUUAUGAAUUAUACACAUUAAAAUCUCUAGCCAAAGAAUUAUACUGCAAGUAAGCCUUCCUGGUUUAUAUGCAAUCACACCACAACGUGUAGUUUUGCUUUUAUUACAAAUAUCUGGCUCAUAAAUGUAAAAAAAAUCCAUAUUAUUUAUACAAAUAACUGUUGUUUUUACUCAUAAUUGUUUAUCCGUUUCUGUUUAGUUUACCGUUUUGUGUAUGUGCCACAGUGAUUGGCUAAAGCAAGAGUCACAUGUUUAUUCUGAAUGUCAUGGCCCACAGUUACCUCUCCACCAUUUUACCAGCAUCCACAAAGAGUCAUGCGACUGACAUUGUACUAUUCACCAUGUGCUGACAUGUGCCUGUCCUGUAAAAGGGCUUGAGCCAUUUCUAACUUUCCACGUGCACACGCACAAUAACCUCCCGCAUGCACACACGCGCGCACACACACACACACACACACACAGAUACGCGCACACACAGAUGCUCACACUAUCCACAUUUUCACUGAACUGUAUCUUCAAUAUUAUUUUGCUUUGACUACACUGAACUGCAGAGUUCUUACAAAUGGAUCAACUUUGUUGUGACAUCACAGCUAGUGAUCAGCUCUUGUGUACACAACCAAAAAAAAGGAAGUCAUGAAUGUACAAAUUUAGCUUCUUAAAAAAAAAAAAAAUAGACCAAAAGUGGGAUUUUUACUGACCCUGUUCUCUACGAAAAGAAUGUGCUCAAUAAGUGCUGUUUCUUUGUCUGUCGUGUUCUGUAUGUUACUCCCAAAAUGCUUCUAUAAUGCACUGGCAAAUCGAGCACUCAUUGCUAUCCACACAUGUUGCUGUACGUAUGUUUGCUGUAAGGUGGGGGGUUUGGGGGGUAAUUAAGGAACUGAUAUGAUAUAAUUAAAAACAUUCUGCAUUUAUCCUCUUCACCUAUGUUAAGUUGAAAAAAGGUCCAGAAUGUAAACCUUCUCAGAACCUUUGAAGUUGGCAUGCAGCAUGAAUGCGCUUUUCUCUGAUUGGUGCCCAGAGCGUGCUUCAGGAGGGGACUGACCAAUGAGGGCUUCACUUUCUCAGCCGUAUUUAGGUGCGGGUCGCGUGAUAAUUCUGAGCCGACACUGAUACUGUUCCACGGUUGUACUUUUCCUUUAAAUAAAACACUGUAAAGCAC